AUGAAGCUACUAGGGUUGCUAAGAAAUAUACAAUAUAUUCAACAUUGUAGAUCAUGCACUACACCUAUUGGUCGAAGUGCAUUGUCAUCAUCAUCAUGGUCCACAACAACUAGUAUCAAACAACUCAAUCAAUUAUCAUCAUUAUCAUCAUCAUCAUCAUCAUCAAACACAUACAUCAGAUAUUAUACAAGUGCAACUACAAUUGUAAACAGUAGUAGCAGUAGUAGUAAUAAUAACAAUGUCACAUCAACAACAAAUAAUAAAUCAUCAAUAUCAACAUCAUCACCAAGUCAACAACAACAACCUGAUCAAUCACAAUCACAAUCACAACCACAACAACAACAACAACAAACUACUAAACAACAAGGUGGCGCAUGCUGGUGUAUACUCAACUGUAAAUUGCAAUCAAAGAGAAUACAUGUGUCACAGAUUAAGCCAGUGCCAUACUUGGAUGGAGAGAAGGGCUACGUGCUAGGCGAGUACAACACCAACUAUGAGACUCCAUUGAGUGUCUCGAGAAAGGCUGUCCUGCAGGAGAUGAUCAAGGAGAAGGAACAAUCAGAGCAGGAAGAGCGCGAGCAAGAGGACGACGAGGAGAAGCAACAUGAGGAGGAGAAGAAGCAGACCAAGCAACUGUUCAAGAGCGACGAAGAGCGCGAGGAGGAGUGUCGCAAGUACCCUGUGCUCAAUGACACCACCACAUCGAUUGGACCACUCCACGUCCUAUACAAGAACCAAUGGAUCAUGACCGUUGUAGAGCGGACAGAGACUGAGAACAAGGACAACGAGCCAUACUUUGUACUUAAGCUAAAGACACCAAUCAGACAAGCCAGCGAUGUAUCAUUCAACAUUGAGAGCCUGUCGUACUUCUCGUCGAUUGAGAAGUUGUUGUCCUUCAGCAAGUCUGUGGAGUGCAGCGACAAGGAGUUCGAGAAGCUGUUCUUGACAAAGUCCGACUCGACCACCAAGAAGGAGACCAAGUGGCUGGUGGAGGCACGUCCCUUCCUGCGCGAGGCCCUUAUGUCACUAAGCAUCCAACUGCUGCCAUCAAUUGGCUUUGCCAACUGUAGCAUCAACCUGCAACUAAAGAAGGAAUCUUUAAUCAAGUGCAAGCAGGACUCAUCGCUCGAGUUCCCGCCCAACGUCUACCAGCUAGAGCUGGAGAUUGACAGCACUGAGAGCAUGUGGAAGAAGGAUCCAGCAGCCAUCGAAAAGAUACUCUACCUCUACACAGUCAUGUUUGAUAGCAUCGUCUCAUUGGGACACACUGAUGAUGCGCCAAUCGAUCAGACCUAUCUCUAA